UUCAGAGAACUGGCAUUAGAACUUAAACUCAGUUCUACAGAACAGUAAUUCGGAUUACUGACUCUCCUGAGAUGGGAAGCCACUACCUUCCUAACUGCCUGUUGCAAGUCACACCUUAACCUACCUUGCCUGGAAAAGAAGAAAGGGAAUAAAACCUCCCUGGCCAGCAAGUGACAUAAGUUCCGGAUCACAGCUCCAAGAUGAAGAGGAGUGCAGGAGCCCUACCUGGGUGAGGACCAGAGCACAGACCAGGAUGGUAGACAUCAUUCCUCUUCCCAGAUCACACCACUUUGGAAGCACCAAAAACUUACAGACCCCAGACCAAGCUGUGAAAGCAGCAGGAUAUAAAAGACAGAAGCUCCCCCCAGCCCCCAGAGCCUUACUCCUGAAACCUCCUGCAUACAUAGCUGAUACGCCACCUACUGCAAAACAGAGCUGACAGCUCAUGUGAGGUUGCCAGCAUUUCCAUUCCAUCACCGAGCUGGAGCUGAAUAAAGGCGUGUUUGUGUGGUGGUGGUGCUUUUUAAAAAGCUCUCUCUAAGCCAAGAACAAGAAGCUGCAGCGAUUUUGAAAAUGGAACGUAAAAUAAACAGGAGAGAAAAAGAAAAAGACUAUGAGGGGAAACACAACAGCCCUGAAGGUCCUGAUCAAGGAAAGAGCUGCAAAACGCUGACGACUCUCAAUGUUGGUGGCUAUUUGUACAUUACUCAAAAACAAACACUGGCCAAGUAUCCAGAUACUUUCCUUGAAGGUGUAGUCAAUGGAAAAAUCCUUUGCCCCCUCGAUGCUGACGGUCACUACUUCAUAGACAGGGAUGGACUCCUUUUUAGACAUGUUCUGAACUUCUUACGGAAUGGAGAACUUCUACUACCAGAAGGAUUUCGAGAAAAUCAACUCCUGGCCCAGGAGGCAGAAUUCUUUCAGCUUAAAGGGCUGGCUGAAGAAGUGAAAUCCAGGUGGGAGAAAGAACAGCUAACAGCCAGAGAGACUACUUUCUUGGAAAUCACUGAUAACCACGAUCGCUCACAAGGUUUGAGAAUCUUUUGUAAUGCUCCUGAUUUCAUAACAAAAAUAAAAUCUCGCAUUGUAUUGGUGUCUAAGAGCCGGCUGGAUGGCUUUCCGGAGGAAUUUUCUAUAUCUUCAAAUAUUAUUCAAUUUAAAUACUUCAUAAAGUCUGAAAAUGGUACACGACUUGUGCUAAAGGAAGACAAUACCUUUGUCUGCACCCUGGAAACUCUGAAGUUUGAAGCUAUCAUGAUGGCUUUAAAAUGUGGCUUUAGAUUGCUGACCAGUCUGGAUUGUUCCAAAGGGUCAAUUGUUCACAGCGAUGCACUUCAUUUUAUCAAGUAAUUACUUCUGUCACUAGACAAAGGCUACAAGCAUGAGGCCAGUAAACCUUGUUAAAAUACAGCAUCCAGACAUCACAAAUAACAUGCCUAGCUAGCUCUGUACCCCAGAGCUCUGCUGCUAAUGAAUUAUUGUGAGCUAAUGGUAUGUAAAUUCUAUCUAUGACAUCCAUCUCUGGGUUAUCUGUGCUGGACAGAAUCCUGCACCUGAAACAGAAACAAACUAUCUUCUAAAUGCUGUAAAUAAAUAUUGAAUGUUUUUGUUA